AUGAACUCGCUAAAAUUCACACUCGCAAUUCUCACAAUCGCUGGAUGCUGGCGACCUUUCUCGUCGAUUUUGUUGAUCAAACAUACGUUAUAUGAUGCCUAUACAUUAUUAGUAAUUAGUAUCAUGUACAGCUUUACAUUUUCACAAUUUAUGGAUAUCAUCCUGAACGUUGAUAAUCCAAAUGAUUUUACUAAUACUCUAUACGCGAUGUUGACCAUGUUUGCUGCAGACUAUAAAAUACUCGAUCUGUUUGUGAAUCAUGAGAGUUUCGCGGAAUUAAUUCAAAAUCUUACGGAAAGAACGUUUAAACCAUUACUACUUUUUGAAAUCGAAAUUCAACGAAAAUUCAACAUGAUAAUACAGAACAUGACAAAGUGCUAUACCAUAUUGAUUAUGAUCACUUACGCAGGCCAUGUUUUGAGAUCGUUACUAACAAAUUUCAAAAAGGGGCAAUUAGCAUUUAGAGGAUGGAUACCGUAUGAUUACUCAUCGUUUGUGCUAUUUUGUCUCACAUAUGCUCAUCAAUACGUAGGUCUGCUAUUCGCAUGUCUUGUUAGCGUUGCCUGUGACGGUCUCAUUGUUGGUUUGUUAUUGCAUGUGUGCUGUCAAAUUACGAUCUUACAAUACCGUUUGAAGGGUCUUAUAAAUGGCCAGAAUACUCUACGUGACUGCGUACGCCAACAUCGUCACAUAAUCGAAUUCGCAAACGCGACUAACGAGAGAUUCAGGAGGAUAAUUGCGUUUCAAUUCGUAGCAAGUACAUUCGUAGUCUGCUCAAAUUUGUAUCAAUUAACUAGAACUGAAUUAAUUGUAGAUUUUAUUGCGUUUUUUGCAUAUACGUUGUGCGUACUUGUACAAAUUUUCAUCUAUUGCUGGUUUGGAAAUAAACUGAAACUCAUGGUAUGCAUACUAAUUAUCGAAUUUGAAAUUAUUAGGAUAUGAACUGGCUAAAAUUCAUUCGCAAUUCUCACAAUCGCUGGAUGCUGGCGACCGUUCUCGUGGACUUCGCUGAUUAAACAUGCGUUAUAUGACGCCUAUACAUUAUUAGUAAUUAACAUCAUGUACAACUUUACAUUUUUACAAUUUAUGGAUGUUGUCUUGAACGUCGAUAAUCCAGAUGAUUUUCGUAAUACUCUAUACGCGAUGUUGAUCAUGUUUGCUGCAUGCUACAAAAUAUUCAAUCUAUGGAUGAGAAUGCUCAGUCUAUUGCUAAAUCGUAAGAAUAUCGAGAUAUUAACUGACGCAUUGAUUGAAAAACCAUUUAGACCUUUGGAACCAGAUGAAAUUGAGAUUCGACAAAAAUAUAAUAACAUAAUACGGACUAAUUCUAUAAUCUACACGGUUCUUAUUGAGACAACCUGUGGCUGCAUGAAUUUAACAUCUUUGCUUACGGAUUUCCGGCAAGGAAAUUUAGCGUAUAGAGAAUGGAUACUUUUCGAAUGGUCCGAUACAGUGUAUUAUUUCACAUACUUUCGUCAAUUAUUGAGCUUAACGGCUGCAUCGAUCGUGAAUGUUGCUUGCGAUAUAAUGAUUUGUGGAUUGCUGCUACAUAUUUACUGCCAAAUCGAGAUCUUAGAGUGCCGUGUGAGAAAAUCCUUAUGCAAUCGAGGCGACUUGGGUGAAUGUGUACGUCAGCACAAUUAUAUCUACAAAUUUGCAUACACGAUAAAUGCAAAGUUCAGAAUUAUAAUUGCCGUUCAAUUCAUCGCAAGUAUGCUAGUAGUAUGUUCCAAUCUUUAUCGAUUAGCGAAAACCACAUUAAGUUCAAAAUAUAUUCCACUGAUGUUAUACACAAUCUGUAUGUGUUUGCAAAUUCUUAUUUAUUGUUGGUGCGGGAACGAAGUGAAAUUAAAGAGCAUUCAAUUUUCGGAUGAAAUUUUCGGAAUGGCUUGGAUAACAGCACAUCAAGAAGUGAGAGAAAACCUUAUAAUGAUUAUGAAUCGCUCUCUGAUACCAAUCGAAUUUUCUAGUGCCCAUAUUCUUACGGUGAAUCUAGAUUCAUUCGUGAAGGUUAUUAUGGAUGUUAUCCUGAACGUUGAUAAUCCAGAUGAUUUUACUAAUACUCUAUACACAAUGUUGACUAUGUUCGCUGCAAACUAUAAAAUACUCAAUCUGUUUGUGAAUCACGAGAGUUUCGCGAAGUUAAUACAAAAUCUUACGGAAGGAACAUUUAAACCACUGCUACUUGUUGAAAUUGAAAUUCAACGAAAAUUCGACAAGAUAAUACAGAACAUCGCAAAGUGCUAUACAAUACUGAUUAUAAUCACUUAUACAGGCCAUGUUUUGAUAUCGUUACUGACAAAUUUCAAAAAGAGGCAGUUAACAUUUAGAGGAUGGAUACCAUAUAAUUAUUCGUCAUUCAUGCUAUUUUGUCUCACAUACGUUCAUCAAUAUAUAGGCGUGAUAUUCGCGUGUCUUGUUAGCGUUGCUUGUGACAGUCUCAUUGUUGGUUUGUUAUUGCAUGUGUGCUGUCAAAUUACGAUCUUACAGUAUCGUUUGAAAAGUCUUAUAAAUGGUCAGAAUACUCUACGUGAUUGUGUACGCCAACAUCAUCACAUAAUCAAAUUCGCAUAUGCAACUAAUAAAAGAUUCACGAGGACAAUCGCAUUUCAAUUCGUAGCAAGUACAUUCGUAGUCUGUUCAAAUUUGUACCAAUUAACUAGAACUAAAUUAAUUGUAGAUUUUAUUGCGUUUUUUGCAUAUACAUUGUGCAUACUUGUACAAAUUUUCAUUUAUUGUUGGUUUGGAAAUAAACUGAAACUGAUGAGCCUUCAACUAGUCGAUAGUAUUUUCGAAAUAGACUGGAUAGCAUUGGACCUUAAAACUAAAAAAAGUCUUUUGGUAAUUAUGACUUGCGCAAUGAAACCUAUUGAAUUUAACAGUGCAUACAUUCUUAACAUGAAUUUAGACUCUUUUGUAGCGGUGAGUAUAAAGUAUAAAAAUUUCGUCGCGUAUUAUGAAGUAUAG